GAUAUUUGUUUCAAUAAAUGCAUUAUAAACUGAGUGAAAAAAAGAUAAAUGACAACACGAGCAUGCUUUUAGUGAUUUCCAAUCGACUCCUAGGCCUUUCACCGAUACAGGCAAUCUUCCCUUCCAUUUUCCGAGUACUGGAAGAGCUACUGUCCACUCCCUGGAAGGUUAUAAGAAGAGUUGAGAUGGAGUCCUGGAGGAGAUGCUUUGUGAGAUGGCAGCUGUUAGGUCUCAGGCGCAGGCCUCCCUCAAAGCAUUCACUCAACUGAAGAUUCUCCUUCCUGACCUAAUGCCUUCUCUAGCCUCUGGGCCCUCCUCUUCCUUUUGUCGCCAAAAUAUUUCUUAUACAAUAAAAUAUAUUGUAUAAGACAUAUUCGGAGAAAUAAGAAAUAUCAUACAAUAUACUUUUAUAAUAAUAUUUAUCGGAAACUGCC